AUGCCUGAAAACAAGACAAUUUCCUGUUCUUUCAUUGGAGGUGAUCAAGCCAAGAAAAACAAUGCCACAUCACAAGCUUUGGUUCUAUUUGGUGCCCCUAAGGAAGCCAUUGAGAUUUUUCAUGAAAAUAAAAUGACAAAUACUGAAGGGGUGAAUGAAGGCAUUUACUUUAGUUACCCAUGUCGACGUCAAAGCUGUGCUUUAGUAAACAUCCCAGCACCAUGUGUCAACAAAAUCAUUUCACACAUUGAAAAUGUGGAAUCUAAAAUACAAGAGCAUUUGAAACGGUUUGAAACUUCUCUUGAAGAAUGGAGCAGAACUUCUUCCACAAAAGAGUGGAAGGAAGAUUGGAGUAUUGCUACACCAAUGAAAGAGGUCAAACCAGAAGAAGAAAGAGAUGAAAGGUGUCCAGAAUUAAAGCAGGAAAUGGAAAUAUUGCUAUCAGAGGCCAUUCAUCUCAUUAAAAGUCUAGAAACUGACCGUGCAGAAGCUGAAGAAGCUUUAAAACGACAAAAGUCAAGAAAGAAAAAGAUUCACAUGAAAAUUGAUUCUUGGUCAAUUUGGAGACUUCAAGAAAUCCCACUAGCUGUGCAGAAAGAACAUGAGGCCUAUUUGAGAGAUAUUGUAGAAUUACAAUGGCAUCUUGAAGAUAGAGCUUAUCAGCUAAAACAUUUUGAGGAACAAAAGGUGAAAUUGGAGGAAGCUAAUGCAAAGCUUCAAGCAGACACAGACUACAUGAAUGCACGCGGUCCUCUAAUUAACUCAAAGCAGAACCAAGAACUUGAAACUCUGAAAGAAUUUUAUCUAAAAAAAUUUGAGGUAAUGGAAUUAUACAAACAAGUUCAGGAAGAACUUGCAGAAGCUAUAGAAAACUAUAAGAAUGCCAAAUUGAAGGCUAAACAAAUGAAACAAGACAUGGAAAAAGAUAUUCAUAAUGAUGAAGCAAGCCUAGAAGCCUACAAGAGAGAGAUAGAUAAACUGAAUUCUCUGCAUAGUCACUACGAUACAGCAAUAGAAAAUGUUAAUGUUAGUAUCGAGGAGAAUGAAGAGGUAGUGACUGAAGUAUUGAGGGAAACAAAGACAUCAAGAAAUGAAUUAUCUGCUUUAUCAAAAAUGCUAGACAAUUUGAAAAAAAAUUAUGAUCAACUAGCCUGGAAGAGAAAAAGUUAUGAAAAGGAAUAUCUGGAAGCAUUCAAUAAUUAUUAUGCAACAAAACAAACAUGGGAUAUUGAGCUUUCUAAUGUUGCAAAAGACCUUUCAGAUAUUUCAAUUGCAUAUACUCAUUCGGCAGAAGAAAACAGAAAGCUUGGAAUUGAUAUUGAAACCAUGGCAGGUCUUAUCAAUGACAGUAUAAGAAAAAAAUCAGAGUUUGAGUCUGAAAUCCAAUCUUUGAUGAAACUAAGGGGAAAAAAUGAUGAAUUUAUUAAGCAACUCUACAGGCAAGCUUAUCACCUUGGUGCUAUUUUCCACCUAACCAAAUUUAAAACAGAGGAAUUAGAGGACAAAAUAGCAGAAGUGAGAAGAAAAUUCAAGGGUAGAGAAGAAUUCUUGAAAAGACUUAUUCGAAGUGAAGUGACUAAUGGAAUGAUGAUUCAGAAAAAAUUGUAUUCCAUUCAAGAAGAACAGAUCCUUGAGAGACAGGAUCUUAUGGAAAAGAAAGCAAUGUACACCCUAGCACUGGCGGAACUAGAGACGCCGCUGCUUGAACUAGAAGAAGAUGCCGCAAAAAUCAGAACUGCCCACAAAGAGCAUGCUGACACAUUAAAUGAUAUAAUUGAGAAAAGAGAAAAUGUUAAAAAAAAUGUGGAAAGAACAAAGAAAAAUUUGAGAAAAAAAGGGAAGAAAACUCGUGAUGCAAUAAUAGAAACUGAGGAAAAACGCUCAAUGAUUUUUAAAGAAAUAAAGACCACUAAAAGUAAAACAGUUAUUUAUCAUGCAAAAAUAGAUCAAUUGAAUAAGGACUUAAAAGAAAAGGAGAAGGAAAAGAAUAUUUUGGCUCAGACACUUGAGCAAUUAAAGAACCACUAUAUAACUACAAAAUAUAAAAAGGAAUAUGCACAAGCUGUGUUUGAUCAGCUCGUAAGUGAGAAAAAAACCUGUGAAGAGAGACUCUAUGAAGAAGAACAGAGAUACAGAACACUCAUUACCAUGAGGCAAAAAACUCUGGCAGAUAUUAAAAAAAUACAAGAUGAUUCACUCGAAGAAAAUUUGCGUUUAGCUCAAGAAUAUCAGGAAUUACAGACUACUUUCUUAACAGAAAAGGACAAUUAUUUCAAUCUAUAUGAUAGACAGUUAUCACUUGAUGCUUCAAUUCAAGCUAAGAAACAGCUCUGUCAGCUGCAAAGAAGGAUACACAAGGUGUGGCAGAAUCACUUCAAACUGGUGGUCCUCUGCGGCCAUAUGAGGCUGGCCAAGUUCCAGACAGACUCUCAAGAGAGUAUUCAGAAAAUAUUAGCUGUGCAGGCUUUGCAGAUGCCAUUCAGCUGUUUAAGAGAUACCGUCAACAGUUGCCUUGUGUUGCUUUUGUGUGAAACCUCCUUCAGUGAAAAGGACACUUAUUUUUAUUUUAUUUAA